CUCCUUUCCAUUCUACACAUCUAAAAAGCACGUAGAGACAUAGCAACGCCCACUCUGGCUCAUUCCAAGCAUCAGUAGCGCCAUCCUUAAAUUUUGUAAACAAACAAACAAGGACAAGGAGAGAGUGGUCGCAUUUUGCAAUUCGCUGAACGCCGGAGCCCGAUUUCACUGAUUUUAUUUUAUUAAGCUCGCAUUGGCAUAAAUCUGAAGAUGUCGUCAGAAAACAAUGGAACCGAGCCAUCUCUUGAGAAGAAGAGGAAAAUUGAAUCUGUUGAAGACGGGGAUGAUUAUGCUGCCUAUCAAGACCCAAGAGCAACUAGAAAGGCGGGUGCAGGAAACAGAUUAUGCCCUUACCUGGACACAAUCAACCGCCACGUUCUAGAUUUCGACUUUGAGAAACUGUGCUCAGUCUCACUAUCGAGAAUCAACGCGUAUGCUUGUCUAGUUUGUGGAAAGUAUUUUCAGGGGAGAGGUCAAAACACGUACGCCUACACCCACAGCGUCGCCGAGAGCCAUCACGUCUUCUUGAAUCUGCUGACCCUGAAAUUCUACUGCCUACCUGACAACUAUGAAAUCAUAGAUUCUUCACUUGAUGACAUCAAAUACGUGUUGAAUCCGACAUUUGACUCGGAGCUGAUUAAAAACUUGGACAUUUCAAGCAAACUCUCCAGAGCAAUUGAUGGCACCAUGUACCUGCCAGGAAUAGUUGGUUUGAACAACAUCAAAGAAAACGAUUACUGCAAUGUCAUCCUGCAGGCACUGAGCCAUGUUUCUCCCUUGAGAGACUACUUUCUAGAGGAAAAGAACUACUCCAGCAUCAAGCGACCGCCUGGAGACAGCUCCUACUUGCUUGUGCAGAGGUUUGGCGAGCUGAUGCGAAAGUUGUGGAACCCUCGCAACUUUAAAGCACACGUUUCGCCUCACGAAAUGCUCCAAGCGGUGGUUUUGUGGAGUCGGAAAAAGUAUCAAAUCACAGAACAAGGGGAUCCUGUUGAGUUCCUGUCUUGGCUUCUGAAUGCUCUUCACAUGGCUCUGAAUGGAACGAAAAAAUCGACAUCAUCAAUCAUCUACCGAUCCUUCCACGGCUCAAUGCGAAUCUACUCGAGGAAAAUUCCGCCUGUGGAGCUGGAUGACCGGCAAAAAGCAGAACUGUUGCGAACCUUUGAAUACCAGGAGACAGUUUCUGAGUCACCAUUCCUGUACUUGACCUGCGACCUUCCACCACCUCCACUCUUUCAAGAUGAAUUUAGAGAGAACAUCAUUCCCCAGGUCAAUCUCUACUCUCUGCUGACCAAAUUCAAUGGCCAGAGUGAGAAGGAGUACAAGACGUACAAAGAGAACUUCAUGAAGAAGUUUGAAAUCACCAAGUUGCCCCCCUACUUGAUUCUGUACAUCAAGAGAUUCACCAAAAACACAUUCUUUGUGGAGAAGAACCCCACAAUUGUGAAUUUCCCUGUCAAGAAUGUCGAUUUUGGAGACAUCCUGACGCCUGAAAUGAAAGCAAAGCACAAGCAUACCACGUAUGAUCUUGUAGCCAAUAUUGUUCAUGAUGGAGAACCAAAGAAGGGCACCUACAGAGUCCAUGUGCUGCAAAAGGGCACUGGAAAAUGGUACGAGAUGCAAGACUUGCACGUAACAGAGGUUCUCCCUCAAAUGAUCACUCUCACGGAAGCCUACAUUCAGAUUUACGAGCUUCGCAAGGAAGACAGCAAAGCUUAAUUUCCAGCGAAUUUUGUAAUUAAGGUAAUAAAAUUUAAGUUUACUUUCAAAUUGAAACAGUUUAUUUGACUAGUAGCUAGUUUUUUGGUA